AUGGCAGCGGCGUUCCAGGAGAGUGGAGGUGGAGAUGAGGAUGCGACCAUCGACGUGCACACCACGCGUGGCACUCCCAUCCGCUACCUCCCGCUCGAUCACCUCUACUCCGCCACGUCGCCCUGCCGCGUCACCGCCAGCGGCUCCUCCAACGUCAUGUCCAAGAAGGUCAAGGCUCGCAAACUCACCACGCUUGCGGCGCAUCACCAUUUCAACAACCACGACCACAAGAAAACGACGUCGUCCUCUUCGUCCUCCUCGCAGCCUCUUCCUUCGAAGCCCCCUCUUCUCUUCGUCUACUCGCGCCGGCGCAAGAGGCAUUCCCCUUCCACGGCGCCGUUUUACGAUUCGCUGUGUAAAACCGAGGGCAGGGUGAACGAGGAAGAGAAUGAGAACGAAAAGAGGCUGCUGAAGAAGAGGAAAAUUGGGAGUACCGAGUUGGAGAGGCUGGGCGUUGAUUUGAACACUGCGAUUGGGGAUGUUGACGGACCUCGAUUGAGGGAAUGCCGAAACCAAUUUGGGAAUUCUGGUGCUGCUUUGAAUAUUAAGUGUGGUUCCUUGGAGAAUAUGCCAAAAAUGUCGCCUGAUUCUCGCCCUGUGAAGAAAUGGGUCGGUUCUGUGGAUAGGAUGUUGAGUUUUGAUAAUGCUGAUCCUGAGGUGUUUGUUGGAUUACGAUGCAAGGUUUAUUGGCCCAUGGAUUUAAAAGCGUACACUGGUUAUGUCAGAAGUUAUGACAAGGAAACUAAGAUACAUCAUGUCAAGUAUGAUGAUGGUGAUGAGGAAAAUUUAAUUCUUUCAAAUGAAAAUAUAAGAUUCCAUGUUUCCCGCGACGAGGUGAAACAUUUAAAAUUGAAUUUUGCCAAAGUUCGUGACAAUAAUGUCUCUGAUUAUGAUGUUGAAGAGAUGCUUGCAAUGGCUGCAAGUUUGGAUGAUUGUCAAGACUUUGAGCCUGGGGAUAUCAUAUGGGCCAAGUUAACAGGCCAUGCAAUGUGGCCAGCUGUUGUUUUAGAUGAAUCACUUGCUAGCAACUGUAAGGGUUUAAAGAUGAUGAUGGGAGGAAGAUCAGUUCCUGUCCAGUUUUUCGGCACCCAUGACUUUGCAAGGGUUAGAGUGCAACAGGUGAAAUCAUUUCUCAGUGGACUUCUUACUGAUCUACACUCAAAAUGCAAGAAACAUAGUUUUAUUGAAGGUUUAGAAGAGGCAAAAAGAUAUUUAAGUGAGCAGAAGCUUCCUCUGGAGAUGCUAGAGUUGCAAAAAAGGUGUGCAGCUGAUAACUGUAACAAUGUAAGUGGAGAGGAUGGAGGAUGUACAGAUUCAGGCGAUGAUUGUGUAAAUGGUGAGAGAAAUUUAAUGGCUCUGGAAAGCGUUGAAACUUUUCCUUAUGAAGUGGGAGGCCUCCAAAUUCUAAGCCUUGGAAAAAUAGUUAAAGAUUCUGCAUUCAGGGAUGGAAGGUUCAUCUGGCCUGAAGGGUACACUGCAGUGAGGAAGUUUACUUCAGUUACUGACCCAAAAGUUUUUGCUCCUUACAAGAUGGAGGUGUUGAGAGAUCCAGAAUCCAAAGUUCGUCCUCUAUUUAGAGUGACAGUUGAUGGGGGAGAGCAGUUCAAUGGUAAUACUCCAUCUGCUUGUUGGAGUGAGGUAUAUGAAAGGAUAAAGAAAAUGGAAAAGGAUGCUUCUGAAGGUACUCUUGCUGAAGGUGGGCUAGGAAAGGGCUACGAAUCUGGCUCUGAUAUGUUUGGUUUCUCCAAUCCUAAAGUGCUUAAACUUAUACAGGGUUUGUCUAAAUCCAAAAUCUCUUCAAAGAACUCAUUUUGCAAGUUAGGUUCCAGAAGACAUAAUAACUUGCCUCUUGGUUAUAGACAAGUUCAUAUUAACUGGUUUGACCUUGAUAAGUGCAACGUAUGCCACAUGGAUGAGGAGUAUGAGAACAAUCUGUUUCUGCAGUGCGACAAAUGCAGAAUGAUGGUCCAUGCUAGAUGUUAUGGAGAACUGGAACCCAUUAAUGGGGUUCUAUGGUUAUGCAACUUAUGUCGUUCAGGCGCUCCUCCUCCACCUUGCUGCUUAUGUCCACUCAUAGGUGGUGCAAUGAAGCCUACUACAGAUGGCCGGUGGGCUCAUUUGGCUUGUGCCAUGUGGAUACCUGAAACUUGCUUAGCUGAUGUAAAGAAAAUGGAGCCUAUUGAUGGUUUGAGUAGAAUCAGUAAGGACCGCUGGAAGUUGCUAUGCAGCAUAUGUGGUGUAUCUUAUGGUGCCUGCAUCCAAUGUUCAAAUAAUUCUUGUCGAGUAGCGUAUCAUCCACUCUGUGCACGUGCUGCCGGUCUGUGUGUUGAGCUUGAAAAUGAGGACAGGCUCUAUCUACUUUCUGUUGAUGAUGAUGAAGAUCAGUGUAUACGCUUACUUUCUUUCUGCAAGAAACAUAGGCAGCCAUCUAAUGAACAUUCUGUUGCUGAUGACCGUAUAGCUCGAGUUGCUGGUCUAUGUUCAGAAUAUGAACCACCACCCAAUCCGUCUGGUUGUGCACGAAGUGAACCAUAUGAUUACUUUGGCAGGAGAGGUCGAAAAGAACCUGAAGCGCUUGCAGCUGCAUCAUUAAAACGAUUGUUUGUGGAGAAUCAGCCUUAUUUAGUAGGUGGAUACUGCCAACAUGGAUCAUUAAAUGAUCCAGAGCCUUCUGGCAGAGGAGUCUGCUCUAAAUUCUUUUGUAGCCAACAAAGGCUGAGAACCUCUCUGAUUGACUCAUCAAACAACAUACUUUCUAUAUCUGAAAAAUAUAAGUUUAUGAGGGAAACUUUUCGGAAGCGGCUGGCAUUUGGGAAAUCAAGAAUUCAUGGAUUUGGCAUCUUUGCAAAGCAUCCACAUAAAGGUGGAGACAUGGUGAUUGAAUACACUGGUGAACUAGUUAGACCACCAAUAGCUGACCGGAGGGAGCAUUUUAUAUACAAUUCGUUGGUGGGUGCUGGAACAUAUAUGUUUCGGAUUGAUGAUGAACGAGUCAUUGAUGCUACUAGAGCAGGAAGCAUUGCUCAUUUAAUUAAUCAUUCAUGUGCACCAUUUCCUCUCAAGAUUUUAUUGUUCUGGCUGAACCCUGACUUUUACAAUGUUGCUCAUCCUGUUAUUUCUCCUCUUAAACCAAAUUGCUAUUCAAGAGUUAUAAGUGUCAAUGGCGAUGAGCAUAUCAUAAUAUUUGCGAAGAGGGACAUUAAACAGUGGGAAGAGCUUACAUAUGAUUAUAGAUUUUUCUCAAUUGAUGAACGGCUUGCUUGUUACUGUGGCUUCCCAAAGUGCCGAGGUAUAGUAAAUGAUACAGAGGCAGAAGAGCGAGCUGCUACCCUAUAUGCACCACGAAGGUUACAGCUCGGAGAAAUCCUUGCAGAGUUAAUAGCUGUCACGCUUCUCCUCUCUUACCCCGUGACUAUUGCGUGA